AUGGAGAGGCAAGUCAAAAGCAUAAAAGAAAUAUUCCCUCGAAGUAAAAAUUGGAUCUACAAGGUAUUAGCAGCUGAGAAGCAUCCUCCCAGAAAUUCUCGCCAUAAUUCCUCCAUAUUUCAACACCUUCUGCUUGUUGACAAGGAGGGAAAAAGGAUACAAGCUACAAUCUUUGAGGAAAAUAUACAAAAAUAUGAAAAGUUAAUAAUUAUGUUUAAGACUUACAACAUCUCAAAUGCUUUAGUCAAUUUCAUUCCACAACAAUAUCGGAUAGUUGAUAAUAAGUAUCAGUGGAUCAUCAACGAGCACACUACUGUUAAGGAAGUUGAAGAUGAAGAAAUAAUAAAUACACCACAGGAACUUUAUAACUUCUCUUUUGUGCCAUUCAAUGCUUUGGAGCAAUAUAAAACUCGCACAAUGGAAGUUGAUAUCCUGGCUUUAGUCAUCGACAUACAACCACGAAAAUAUAUCCCGACAUCAUCUGGUGUGAGUUGUGUUCGAGAAUUGACUCUACUGAAUGAAGAAAAAUCACAAAUACUGCUGACUGUGUGGGAUGAGCUGUUUGAGAAUGAAUGUGCUAUUAUUGCAAGCAAAAUUGGAGCAAGACCUGUUCUAGCAACCAAGAACCUUAAAGUUGUUUCAUAUAUGAACACAUCACUCAGCACAAAACCUGCAAGUCGCCUCCUAAUUGACCUAGAACUACCACAAGCAAUUGGACUACGCACCUGGCGUGAUGAAAAUAACAUGUACUUAGAGCACUUUGUUUCUAGAGACCUUCUAGCUUCAUCAACCUUGACUAUACCUACAAGUGAUGCACUUACACCAAUCAUUACUGUUAAAAAUCUUGUAGAACAGAAAGAUAGGUUUUGGAUUGAAGGAAAAUUUUGCGUGAGGAACUUAAAUCAAAAUUUUUGGUAUAUGGCUUGUGAUAAAUGUCACAAAUCUACACAGAAAGAGUUCAACGAACCUGUAGAGAAAGACCACUGCAACAACAAAGAUGGCAAAGCAAUACCCAGGUGUUUUGUUCUGGUUGAAUGUGAAGAUACUUCUGGAGUGUUACCUGCAGCAAUUUUCGGAGAGAACGCAGAAAAGUUCAUUCACUGCAGUGCUCUUGAAUUAAUGAAACACACCACCGAGGUAUCUAACAUUAUGAUGCAAUAA